AAAAUAAUGCACAUGGAAAGGUAAUGGGAACUCGUUCUAGAUAAUUGUGAUAGUUUCAAUGUCCAUAAACUGAAGUAACAUCGGGGAUCCAAAUGGCCUAUUGCGGUACUGCUACAGCUUGGUCCAAAUUUGGUUUAUUGACGCAGUUCAUUGGACUGGCUUUGGUUCUCUCGGGAUUUAGUACUAUAGGAUGGAUGGUUACUACAACUGUCCAAGACAACACGGACAUUAUUAUCGGUCUAUUCCAGAUGAAAGAUUGCUCCACGGGAAGUUGUGCAACACAGGCACUCUCAUCUGCGUAUGAAACGGGUGGUCGGGAUGCAACGCUGGGUUUAAUGAUCGUUGUUCUGAUAGUAUCAGUUCUCACCACAGUCCUUUACAGUAUUUAUGUUCCCACGGACGCUGCAAGAUACAGAUGCAUGAUCAUUAUCAUAAUGUGCUUAACUUUCUUGGCGGCUCUGUUUACUCUGAUUGGAGCCAUUGUCUACGCCGCCUCAGUACCUAAUGACUUCUAUUCGUCCUAUUCGGUCGGGCUCGUCUUAAUAACCUCGUUAUUAUUCAUUUGCGCCGGAUGUAUGCUUAUUGGUCAAGCCCAGUAUUCCGACGGUCCGAUAGUCCGACGGUUCAAUAUUCCGACGGUCCGAUAGUCCGACAUGUUGACCAUCACCA